AUGUUUAACGACACCUCGAGAUAUAAUAUGACCUUGAGGCACCCCAGAAAAUUACUUUCUCUAAGCAGAACUUUUGAGGGUUUCCCCGAGAAGCCAAGAAUCCAUACGUUUCUGAGUCAACCUGACCGCCCAUGCCAACCAAGAAUGGAGGGGAUGGCUGUUCCUCCGGUAAAAGAUAUAGUUUUAGCCUCUUUCACCAGAACAGAAGAAGGAGAUCUCGACUAUUCUUAUCUAGUCAACGUUGGGAUCUUGCCGUUUCUUCUUUCUUGCGAGCUACUUGUUAUUCAUUUGGCAGACCGUGGUGGGGAACCCAGGGAAGAGUCCACUUGCUUGAACAUCAAAAAGAGGCAUUUAUUUGGAGCAGAAAGCCAGGAAGGUAAAGGCCGUCCAUCGGAAGCUAAGAUGGUUCGGCCAAAAGAACAUGUGUUAGAACAUCUCGAAACGGAACCCAGAGUCUUUAUCUACAUCUCCGCGGGCCUCAGAAACAUGAGACUUUAUGCGAAUCCUACCGGGUUUUGCACCUUUAUCAUAGUGUUUUUGAGGACGUCUUAG